UGCGCCUGCGCAGACGGCUCCACGAUCGAGCCCUCUUUGUUUGUUGACAAGCCGAGCGCGCCGUGUUGUUUUCUGUUUCUGUUUUGUUCGCGUAUGCACUUCGUACGUGCCGGUCGUGCGUUGCUUCAUUUAAAAGAAUCGUAUAUCGUUAGUUAGCUAAUUUUAGUGUAGUUAAUUUAGACUUUUCUCCUUUCUGCGCAGAAUAUAUGUGUGAAGUGUUCUUUGUGGCUAGUACUGUUGUUGUUUGUGAAUAUUAUUUCAACAAUUGAGACCACGCUCUGUCUGGUGAGCACAAAGGUAAAUAUCUUCAAAGAUGACCACGUCUUUGCUGGAUUGGAUUCGUUUACUCAGAGGGUGGCGGGUGGUAGGAAGGAGCGCGCGGCGCGGUGCGAGAGCGCGCGCGGCAGGUGACCGACGGUCAGCGCGGCUCAUGUGGGCGGCGGGUGCGUGCUGCUCGCGCCAGGCAGGCGAGGGCAGCGCGACGCGUACCCCCGUCAAGACGUUCCAGGCGUACCUGCCGCCGGCGCACCGCACCUACAGCUGCAUACACUGUCGCGCGCACCUAGCGAGCCAUGACGAACUUAUAUCCAAGUCGUUCCAAGGCAGCCAGGGGCGCGCGUAUCUUUUCAAUUCAGUUGUGAACGUGGGUUGCGGUCCGGCAGAAGAGCGCGUGCUGCUGACAGGGUUGCACGCCGUUGCCGACAUAUAUUGUGAAUGCUGCAAGACAAUGCUUGGUUGGAAAUAUGAGUACGCGUUCGAGUCGAGUCAAAAAUACAAAGAAGGCAAGUUCAUAAUCGAACUCGCUCACAUGGUGAAAGAGAACGGGUGGGACUGAGCGCUCGGCGCGGGCGUGCUCGGACUAUAGUGCUGUGACACGAACUCGUCAAUUACUGGUCAAUGUCGAUGUCGAUACUCGGUGUCGCGAUGUGAACCGACAUGAGCUCGCCACGCCGGCGCGAACCCUCGUGAUGACACCACAGGCGAGAAUGCUCGCCUACCGACUAUCGAUGCUUGAAUCGGAUUGAGCCACACGAAUCGGCCACCUACUAGAGAAGUUAUUUUUGUCAAACAUAAGAAUUAUUAUUGAAAUAUCGGUGACCGAUUCGUGAGGUUUUUCUGUGUGUAUUGAAUUAUCGUUAGAUUCGCGGGAUAGACUGUUAGUUCGCGCGAUGGACCGCGGGAUUGUCUUCGGCUUCAGCGCUUGAGCAUCGCCAGUGGUUACAUAUACAUAAGUAAUCGAUCUCAGCCGCCCCAGCGUUGGGAAGUGGGCUUUCAAUUUAUACUAAUUUAGUUUGUAUUCAAACGAUUUGAGUUUCGCCUCACGGGCGGAUAUCUUAAGUUGUAUUAGUUUAAUAUUUACACAUAAUUGCUGUAUUGAGAGAACACUAAUACUUUCUCUUGUCCCCUUAACCUGUGAUAAGUAUGUUAGUGUAGAAUUUUGAAUUUCUUGAAGGAUUUUCUCAAGAGUUGCUCAGAGAUAUCAGAUGUACGUUCCUAAUUAUUUCAGCUGUACAAGAUUGCUUUAUUUUAUUUUAUUUUUCGUUUUUCGAGAAAACUAGUCGAAACUGUAGAUAAAUACGGAGAUGUAUUCCGUUCUAUUUUGAUUUGCGAUGAUUUUAUGACUUAUAAUUUUUAGUUAAGAUACUUUAAUUUGUUCCUUUGUUAUAUUUUCUUCGUUAACAUUUGAAAAUGAAGGAAUACAAAGGAGGUUUAAAUUUAGUUUGAUAUUUUCGUAAACGUGAUAGUAGCUGGAGAGAGGAAUCGAUGCAAUCGAGGACAUUUUUAUAUAGAAGAAAGGUUAGGAGCGAUGAGUUUUAUUAUUCAUUUAUUGUUUCCAUUAAAAUGUAAUAAUAAAUAUAUAGUAGAGACAUUUAACCCCGUAUAUUUUAUCUUAAUAUGCAUAUGUUACUUCAUUUAUAUAUAAUAAUGAUGUUAUCAAUGUAAAAAAUGCAUGAGCUUCGAUUUUCUAUCGAUAUCGAUAAAUCGAUUUUUUUACACAUCUCUAUUAUGUAUUUAGCAAGAGCAACGAAACAAUUUUUUUAAAUUGUUUGAUAGUAAUAACUUGGAUUGGAAGGCUUAGACUAAUUAUAGCAUGGUCUCCGAAAUAUGCAAAAAAAAAAAGACGAAAAGACAGAUUGUUUAUGUAUAAAGUACAAUGGAAAAAAUACACAACUUUUGUUUUCGUUCUUUUCAAUCAACGGAGCGUUCAUAAUAUAACAAGUCUUUGCUCGUCAGUGUUGUUGUUGCGAGGUACACGAAAAUCGAUUUAAAACGCUAACGCGUUUAUCUUUAAUGACAUUGACGUCCGACUGAAAUAGAAAUAAUGGACACAUCAAUCCGUCAACGCUUAAUAACAACGGAAAGUAAUAAUAGCAAAAAUAUUAAUUAAUUUUAUUUUAUCAACUCGUCGAUCACGAUCACAUCGUCACUUUAAUUAAUUUGAUGUAGUUGUCAGACUCAGUAGUUUCUUUAUUUAAAUUAAAUUUAAUUGCGUCACUUUAAUUUAGUGGGUUUGAUUGUCUAGUGUUGUGUGGCAACUGCCUUAUAUAUAGAUAUUGGAAUUAUGACAGUGACAUUAUUUUUUUUUUUUAAUUUUUAGUAAUUAUUAACACAACGCUGCAAAUAUCCUUUUAUAAUAAUACAAUAUUGUUUUAAAAUAACUUAAAUUGUAACAGCGUAGUCGGAAAAUGUGAUUAAAAAAAAAUAAGUUUUCCACAGGAUUAUAUUGACGUUAACAGAAUUGUCCAGUGCAAAUAGGCUUUGAAAAGUUUUUAUCCGUUAUUUUACACAAUUAAAAUAACAAUUGUGAUGUAAAAUACGACUAAAAGGAAAUAUCAAAAGCAAUGAAUUUUUGCCAUCGCUAAUAUAUCAGAGCGUUGAAACUGCCACUAGAGUAUACAUUUGUAAUAUACAUAACUAAUAUAAUUGUAAAAUUCAAUGUAAGUAACGCUCGUUCGAUGAUAAUGUGUUUAUUUUAAAAAUAAUUAAACUAGAUGGCUAAAUAGUUUUUCCGAUUCUAUAGUGUGUGUCAG